UUGUACACACAUACUUUGUUACUUUCUGUCUGUUAUCUUUCAAUUCGUUGGCCUUGCUGUUGAUUGUUGAGCGCUCCAAAAACGUGAGUUCAGAAAUGACGAUUGAUCCGCGGCAUACCUUAAAAAUUGCAAUGGACGAAGUGUUCGUCCGUUUUUUCUUGUCGAACGAGCAAAAGCGACCGUACUCUACCCGGUAGAAACCAUUUUUCGAUAACCUCGUGGCUACGGCCUAUAGUGACACGUUUGCGGCUAUAUGUUGCGUCCAUAGCGCUCAAGAAGUUAAGAAGUGAAAGGACGGUCUAUUGUGAAGAGUUCGGCAUUUCAAGAAGGUUGUUCGCCGAUGAGUGUCGUCCCUCAGUUUCCAAGGAACAUAGCUGAGAAAUAAGCAAUGAAUUCGGCCAGUAUUACUCCAGUGUUCACCGCGGUACUUUGCUUGCUAUUUUCAGUACAAACUGCGAACGGGUUACUAAAAAGAUGCGUGGAAUGUAGAUCGAGAGGAGAAUUAGGAUCUUGCAAAGAUCCUUUUACAAUGAAUUCAACACAAAUUCAGGAAGAAAAGGGUGUGGAAGCUGUACCAUGUGCUUCGGGGUGGUGCGGAAAGAUAAUCGAGAGCCAAAAUCUCAAUAAUGAAUAUGGGACUGCUACUCAAAGAAUGUGCCUACAAAGAGGACCCGAUGAUGGAGAAGAAAGAUGUGCGUACACAAAAUGGAUGAAUAAAAAAGUAUACAUGUGUUUUUGCAUGGGUGAUCUAUGUAACGGGUCGAGCUUCGUUACUCCAUCGACAGGUUUAAUUUUUGUGAUACUUAGCAUUUUGAUGCAAUGGUUUGUAUGAAUCAAACUUUGGAUGAAAAUUAUGACAAUCGUAAAAUGGCUCAACUCGGGUUGAUCGUCGAUACUUCAACAUCGAGGAGCACAAGAACUGUAAUAAGACUGUGAACUUUUGUAAAUAAUACCACAAAAUAAUUACAGACAAUUAGGUUGCUGAGAUUAAAUAACAGCAAACCGAUAACAAAAUCCACUAAAAUCAGAGGAACUGCAAAUAAAAAUUUCGUACUUUU